AUGGCGCUCCGCUCGCGCUGGUCGGCGAUGGCUGGCCGGCUGUUCGAUUUUGGAUCCUACCGUACGGUCUCCGUACACGACUAUGCAAACGUCCUCGUGCCCCUGGAAGAAGCCCACGACUAUAGCCAUGCCGCCCGUACGGGGCGCCGGUCUGAGUACGAAGCGCCACCAGGCGAGGACGAUAGCCAUGGCGUUGAUGACGAGGACGAGGACGUCGAGAGCGGCAGCCGAACCGACCUUGACAACGGCGAGCGGCGAAAGCACACGGGCAAGUCUCGGCGUGUGGGCCCGGCCGACGACGAGGAAGAUGAGGACGACAAUGAAGCAUCCGCGGCAUCUGGUAUGCUGCCGAUGCGGGCCUGCGAAUACAGCAUUGAAGGCCUGCGGCGGGAGGUACGGAAAAGCCCUGACGGCAGCAAAGAGGGGCCACGGCGAUGGACAGACUAUGAAUUAAAAUCGAAGCUCAUCAAUAAAGCGAUCCAAGAUAUCGGCAUGGGCCGAUACAACUGGCAGCUCUUCUUCUUGUGUGGAUUCGGCUGGUUCGCAGACAACUUAUGGAUGCAAGGUAUCUCCUUGAUUCUCCCGUCAUUAUCAGCCGAGUUUGGAAUCGCAGAGAAGACCGUUCGUUACACUACGAGCGCGCUCUUCCUCGGACUUUGCUUCGGUAGCUUUUUCUGGGGCAUCGGCUCCGACGUAAUGGGUCGCCGGCUCGCUUUCAACUGCACCCUUCUGAUUACCAGCAUCUUUGGCACGCUGGCCGGCUAUGCCUCUUCAUGGGGCAUGGUGUGCUUCCUCGCUGCUGCCCUUGGUUUCGGCGUCGGCGGUAACUUGCCCGUUGAUGGUGCUCUCUUUCUAGAGUUCCUGCCAGACGCUUCCAGCUCACUUCUUACACUUCUCUCUGUUUGGUGGCCCGUGGGCCAGCUGUGCUCCUCGCUCCUGGCGUGGAUGCUGAUUGCAGACAGCAAUGCAGAGGGCUCUCCCGACGUCACGAGGUGGCGGGGGUUUAUUAAGGCAAUUGGCAUCAUAACAUUCAUUAUGUUUGUCGUCCGCUUUUUCGUUUUCCGCCUAUUUGAGUCUCCAAAGUAUCUACUUUCACGGGGCCGUCAGAGCGAAGCAAUCGCCGUGAUCCACGGCGUAGCGCACCGCAACGGCACCAAGACAUGGCUCACGGAGGAAAUCCUGGAAGCUGUGGCCGAGGACAGCGAGGGCGGCCCUUUUACCGCAGCUGCGAAUGGGAGAAACAGCUUUGUUGGCUACGAUGCUACCAACAACGAUGACGACGACGAUGAGGCGGGUCUAUUCGACCAUGGUCGUCAGAGCAGCGCGACUGCUGCGCCGCACGGCCGCAAGCCUCAGACGGGCUCCGUUAUUCGUGACCGCCUGAAAGCCUUCUCAGGCGACCGAUUGCGGCCUCUCUUCCACACGCGCCAGCUUGGCAUGGCCACGGCGAUUAUCUGGUUCGUGUGGGCUACGAUCGGCAUGGGCUAUCCGCUGUUCAACGCUUUUCUGCCGCAGUAUCUCUCCCAUGGCGGGACCGCAUCGCCCUCUGCGCCUGCGCUAUUGGCAUUCAGAGACGAAGGUGCUGGUGCAGCUGCCGACACGCCCAUAAGCGUGACCUACCGCAACUACGCCAUCACUAGCAUCGUCGGUGUUCCCGGCAGCCUUCUUGCUGCCUACACGGUCGACAAUCCUUCGCCGUUCCUCGGCCGUCGUGGUACGCUGGCUGGAUCGACGUUGAUCUCCGCCAUUUUCUUGUUCUUCUUUGUCACAUUCGGCCAUUCGCCCGGCUCGCAGCUGUUCUUCUCGAGCGUUGGGGCGUUCUCUCAAAACAUUAUGUACGGCGUCCUCUACGCCUUCACACCCGAGAUCUUCCCGGCCCCCGUCCGUGGUGCCGGCACGGGCGUGGCCUCUUUCCUCAACCGUAUUACGGGCCUAAUCGCUCCCGUGAUCGCAGCGACGUUGCCGGGCGAUGGCGCGACGGGGCCCAUCUACCUGUCGGCCGUGCUCAUUUUGUCAGCGUUUUUCGGUAUGAUUAUGAUACCCAUCGAGACACGUGGCCGCCAGCGGCUAUAG